GUGACGUGGAGCGUUCGUUUGUUGCAAGAUAAGAGACAGCCGAUAAAUACUAAGUUGCAAAGAUGGGAUUCAGCACUCUCCCUCAAGCACUCGAAAUGGGAAAACUAACUCUGAUUUUAGCGGCGUGCGCCAUCGUGUUGGCUCCUGCAGUGGUUCAAGGCUGCCCGUUUCCAUUUGAGGUGAUCGGCAACCAGUGCCUCCUGUUUGACACUCUGGAAUCCGGAAGUUACUACGACAUGAGACUCUACUGUUCCAGGCAGGCAGAGGGCGCCACACUCGCCAAGAUUCUGACCGCGUCGCAGCUUGCAGAACUCAUCAAUUACAUCCUGAAAUACGGCCUAGACCACUCCAGUUACUGGAUAGACGCCUCUGACGACGAUGCCGAAGGCUACUGGCGAUGGACUGAUGGGGGCAGCGUCCCCAUGGGCGCCCCCUACUGGAGGUACGACUGCGACGAAGCCCUGACCUUGAGGCCCCUUAACGACAAGACCCUGAACUGCGCAGUUUUGGAUCUGGAGUCGCACUUCCUCAUCGCCGACGUCUCCUGUCUGGGAAACUACAACCCAAUCUGCGAAGUUCCCCUUUGAAGUUCCAUAAAAGGGAACGUAUGAAGUCAGCGAGAUAGAUUACAUCCAUUAAGUGUCUUGUUAUUGGCCUCUCGACGACUUAAAAUAUCAGGGACACUGAGCUACAAGUUAACUCCAUAGUGAGAUGAUGUUUUUAUACUGACAUAGUACUAAUAUCAGGCGAAUAAAUCAAACUUGCAAGAGUGACUGAAUACCUUUGAAUAUUCAAAUACUGUACAAAAGAUAGGACAUUAAAUCAUCUGGAGUUUA